UGGAGGAGGGAGGCUCUGUGCAGAUUGAACAUCAGCUCUGAAACAGAGGGAGUGGAAAAGGAGGUCCUACACAAGACUUGCCUACGUGCUGCUACCUUACUUGAAAGCUCUCCUCGGAAUGUAAAUACAUCACAAAAUGAUCUAGAGGAGCAGUCGGUUGUCCUUUUUCAAGUCAAGUACUCAGACCCAAGAAGAUGACAUGCUGGACUUGAAAGCUCCUAAUAUCAUUGACAUGCUGAUGUUGCACAAAGCCACAACGCAGACAGUGUGCUAACUCACUGCAUUAAUAAGGUUGCAAGAAUUCUCUCAACUCAUUCUUUUUAAAAACAAUCUUUGCAGUAAAUCCUUUGGACCAAUGAUCAACGCAAAUCUCCUAAGUUGACAGGAGAGCAAAGGAAUAAAAUACUGUUUUUUUUUAAACAAAAAGGCUGAUUUUUUUGGCAUUUAUUCCUUGGAGCUGCUACCUGAGUACCAAGCCCCUUGACAAGCAAGGCACAGUGACUGACACGGGGGAGAGAGAGCCAGGCGUCUCUGAUAACUGACCCUCUGGUGAGAUGCUACACUUCACAGAAGCAUUUAGUCCAGUUAAACAGAAGAGGCAAGAAAGCUAAUAGACCAAGGACGACAAUAUUGGCAACGUCAAGCUGAGGAUAUUUGCCUGCACAACCACCAUGAAGAAGUUGAUGCUCGUCACGUUAUUGAUCCUGAUUGAGCUUGCCAUUGGCAUUGACAAAGUGCAGGAGUCUGAAUCUAGCAAGGAAAGAGAUGAGCAGUCCUUCCACACGAGCAGACGCAAACGCGCCACGGUGUCCAUGGAAAACAAGUGCUCGUAUACCUUCAUCGUGCCUCAGCAGAAGGUCACAGGCGCCAUAUGUGUGAACUCAAAGCCUGAGACCAUGAUGGAGAGUCGGGUCAAUAAGCAAGAGCUGGAGGUGAUCAACAAUGAACUCCUGAAGCAGAAAAGGCAAAUCGAGAGCUUGCAGCAGCUGGUGGAGGUGGACGGAGGGGUGGUUAAUGAGGUGAAGCUUCUGCGGAAGGAGAGUAGAAACAUGAACUCGAGAGUCACCCAGCUGUACAUGCAGCUCCUCCACGAGAUCAUUCGGAAGCGGGAUAACGCCCUCGAGGUCUCUCAGCUUGAGAACAAGAUUCUCAAUCAGACGGCGGAGAUGAUGCAGCUUUCCAACCGCUACAGGGACCUGGAGCACAAGUACCAACACUUGGCCAUGCUGGCAAAUAACCAGACCUACCUUAUCGCACAGCUGGAGGCCAGGUGCCAGCUGCUGCCAGCUGCCAAGCCAGUGCAGCCUCCACCCCAGAAGCGCAAAAACAAUCUAAUCACAACCAAUGAGAUCCAGCGAGAUCAGAACCAUCAGGACAGGCGGCAACUGGUAUUGAACCUGCUGCCGACCAUGCCACCUCUCCCUUCCAACAUGCCCACCACUAAUACGCCGUCUGGGCCGUGGAAGGACUGCAUGGAAGCAGCAGAGGCCGGCAGUGAAACCAGCGGGAUCUACUUGCUGAAACCCGAGAACACAAACCGCCUCAUGCAGGUCUGGUGUGACCAAACCCACGACCCUGGCGGUUGGACCGUCAUUCAAAGGCGCCUGGACGGCUCGGUCAACUUCUUCCGCAACUGGGAGACCUACAAGCAAGGGUUUGGCAACAUCGAUGGCGAAUAUUGGCUGGGUCUGGAGAACAUUUACUGGCUAACAAACCAAGCAAAUUACAAGCUGCUCAUCACCAUGGAGGAUUGGCAAGGGCGCAAGGUGUUUGCGGAAUAUGCCAGCUUCCGACUGGAACCCGAGACUGACAACUACAAGCUUCGGGUGGGCCGCUAUCACGGCAAUGCUGGAGAUUCCUUCACUUGGCACAAUGGAAAACAGUUCACUACACUGGACCGAGACCGCGACGCCUACACAGGGAACUGUGCACACUACCAGAAGGGUGGCUGGUGGUACAAUGCCUGCGCCCAUUCAAACCUCAAUGGUGUAUGGUACCGUGGAGGACAUUAUCGCAGCAAGUACCAGGAUGGCGUGUACUGGGCAGAGUUCAGGGGAGGUGCCUACUCCCUCAAGUCAGUAAUCAUGAUGAUUCGACCCAACCCCAAUACUUUCCACUGAAACAAACCAGGGUCCCUGAGCAUUGAAAAGCAGAACUGAAUAGUGCCCUGUAUAUGAAAUCAGCCUUACAACAAUUUAUAUAUCAAGCUGUGCUUAUUCUUCAAGACAAAAAGAAUACUGUCUAUGUAUUUAUUUCCUACAACAUAAGAAGUUAUGUCAUGUAAGCAAACUUUUUUUUUCCUUGCGUAACAGCAAUUGCUGGUAAAAAUGCUGAAUUCAGAUAUGUGCUUAAAAAUCUUCUUUAAAAAAUGGUACUUUUAAAAAAAAAACUCAUUUGUGUUUGGGAGGUUACUUUUGCUAACACCAGAACUAAGUACUUCUUCAGGGCAGCAGUUGGCAAAUUUGCAGUUGGCAUGUGAGGAAUACAAGAGGUGCCAACACUGCUGAAGAGCAGGAGGACGCCUGUGACAAUGCGAAAACCAUUCCACAGGAAUGAAAGCUCACAUUGACUGAAGCCGUCCUCUGCCAAAGCAAAUUGCAAGUCCUUGAUCUUGCAGAAUUUCAGGGUCUAACUCGUUCUGUAAAUUCUGACGCAGGAAUGGAGCUCUGAUGGUUCUAUGGGUACAUGAAGUCCUGUAGGCAUUAACUCUAAGAAUUUCCACAGUUAAUGUGUCUCCUUAGACUGUAAUACGAGAGUGUACUCUUAAAUUUGGUAGGGAGAUAUCUGUUGGCAACUAAAAUGCGCUCAAAUCCGCCAAGACCAAUUUAUCCCCAACUCUGCUCAAUAAUGAGUCGAUCUUUGCUUCUAACAGCCGCUCUCAGGCAUAAACCUCCAGUGUUAUACAUGAAGAAGCUAAAGUUGAGAAAUGAACCACACAUGCUCAUCUUUAGAACUCCCAGUACAGACUUUUCUACAUCAGAGACAUAUAUUGGGAAAUUCAAUGUGUAUUAUCAUUUUAACAGGUAAAUAAUUCCCAAUAUGGAAGAUUUGCCUCAGGAACACUACAGGAUACUAAUAAUAUUCUUUUAACAACAAACCGUCUCUCACUCCACUACAAGCCAAUGACGUCACAGUAUUCACAAAGAGAAAAAGGUUAGCAUUGUAAGAAAUGCACGUUGGCCCUGAAAUUCCACAUGGAACAUCAGCAAACAAACGGGCAAUGAGUCACAUGUCCCUGUGUCACAUUAACAGUAAACUUACUGAAAUUAAUCCCUUUAUUUUAAAUCAUGCAGUCUGUCCCUCUAAGAUAAUGGGAAAGGGGUAUUUCAGGCAAACACAUAGUUCAUCACGAAGUAAUAUUCUACCCCAAAAUAUCCAACCUUUUCUUUCAUUUUCAGAAAUAUUGUUGAUAUUGCAGCUUAGAAACUCAUUGAGGAGAAGGGGAAUGUUUUUGUGUGAUCGUGAAUGUUUGUAUACUAAUUCCACGUUUUCCAACUUAUGUCCAUUUACGUUGAUGAAUCUUAUAUAGUUAAUAAAAGUUACAAACCCAUAGGGGUGUUUCAGUUGGAACAGAGCAGGGAAAAGCAGUGCACACCAUUGUUAUUUAUACAGUUACUUACAGUACAUGAUAACAUGUCUAAUGUGUUCUGUUGUGUACAUCUCCUCUGUGUGUUACUAACUGUAACAGGUGUAAAAUACAGUUUGCGAAUCCAACUUUGAGCCUUCAUUGUCAAGUUUGGAAAAGCAAGUGUCAUUUGUAACAGUGUUUUGACAGUUCCGAUAUAACCAUUAACAGCUGCAAUAAACCUACUUAAACCAC